UUCAAGCAUUGUGGUCUCACAUCUCAAUAAUCCGCGAUUGAACGAAAGAAGUAUUAGUUCAAAAGAAGGAAAAAAAAAAAAUUAAACCUCUCAAAAUUUGUCACAAAUUCUUGAAUUUGUUCAUUCCUGUGUACUCAAUACAUUGCCAUGGAAGCUGUGGCGGCGAUCAUUGGUUCAGCUCUAAUUGAACCUUUUAAAGUUGUAUUCGGAUCCAUCUAUGCUGCAAUGAAGAAUCGUUUUAAGAUCCAUUCAAAUUACAAUCAUCUUGAGAGAGACAUAACACUUGUAUUGGCUCUCAAGUCUAGCUUGAGAAAUGGGCUAGAUGAUGAGCAGCUGCAGCAUCUGUUACCGACAACUCAAGUUGAAGAUUGGUUAAGCAAAGUUGAAGAAUUGGAGAGCAAUUUCAAUUCUUUGCGUUCAACUGUGACAGAAAGUGGCAUUACAAGUGAUGCCGCCUCUUGUUCACUGCACUGCAAAUUGAGCAACAACAUAGCCAAACAGAUUGUGAAAGCAAAACAACUCAUUGAAGAAGGCAAACCCUUUGAGAACAUGAUAGUGGGUGUUCCUGUGGCAAGGCCAGUUCAGUAUAUGGAGGUGACAUCAAUCCAAGGUCAACCCACAGCAUCUACAAAUUUGGCCAAGAUGAUGGAUCUGUUGAGAAGUGAAAAGUAUAAGAGGAUUGGUGUUUGGGGCAUGGGAGGUGUGGGCAAGACUACUCUUGUCAAGAAUUUGAAUAAUCAGCUCACCAAUGAUCCAAUCUUCAAAAUCGUAAUAUGGGUUGUAGUAUCUCAAAACGCAACAGUGGAAAGUGUCCAAUCAAAAAUUGCUGAGCGGUUGCAUAUGAUGAAUAAAGAAGAGUGUAAGGAAAGUAUGGCCAGUCGUUUGUACAACAAACUUAAAGGCGAAAGAUUUCUUCUAAUUCUGGAUGAUAUAUGGAAAGAAAUCAAUCUCGAUGUUGUGGGGAUUCCUCGACCUAAUGAACACAUUGGCAACAAAAUCAUACUAACCACCCGAGAUUUUAAUGUUUGUCAACAAAUGUUGACUGACAUUGACUUUCAAGUAGGUCGCUUGCAUCCUGAAGAAGCAUGGAAGUUGUUUCGUGAAACUGUGGAGGAGGAAGUGGUGAAUGAUGACCAAAUUAAGCCCAUGGCAAAGGCCAUUGUUGAAGAAUGCGAUGGAUUACCCCUUGCACUAAUUAUUGUGGGGGCAUCAAUGAGGAAAAAGAGAGAGAUUGGGUUGUGGGAAUGCGCAUUACAUGCCUUGCAAAAAUCAGAGCCGUCUCAUAUUAGAGGUGUUGAAGAGAAGGUCUACAAACCCCUCAAGUGGAGCUAUGAUUCCUUACAAGGUCAGCAAUUGAAAUCUUGCUUUUUGUUUUUCUGCCUAUUCCCAGAGGACUUUGAAGUUUAUACUUAUAAACUAGUCCAAUAUUGGGUACCUGAAGGUUUAAUUGAUGAGCAACAAAACUUUGAGCAACAACAUAAUGAAGUUCUACGUAUUGUUGACUACUUAAAAGACUCUUGCUUGUUGGAAAGAUGUCACCGUUCAAAUCAUGUAAAGAUGCAUGAUGUAGUUCGUGAUGUUGGGGUAUGGAUAUCAAAAUCCUUAGAGGAAGGGUGUAAAGCUAUUAACAAAGCUGGAAUUAGCGGUGUGCAAAUAUCACAACAGCUAUUCAAUUGUUCUGAGAGAGUGAAGAGAGUGUCGUUUAUGGAGAGCGAUAUAGAAUUUCUCCCAAACUGCAACAUACAAUGUGCAGAAGCAUCCACUUUAUUUUUGCAAGGUAAUAGGAGACUUUUGGAAGUACCAAACACAUUUUUACAAGGAUUCCCGGAGUUGAGAAUUUUAGAGUUGAGUGAAACCAAAAUACAAUUCCUGCCACACUCACUUCUUCAACUUAGUAAACUUCAAGCUCUCUGUUUACAAAACUGUGAAGGACUGUUGGAGUUACCAUCCUUGGCCACACUCGGAAUGUUGCAAGUGCUUAAUUGCUCUGGCUCUGCUAUCACUAAAUUGCCAGAAGACUUUGAAAAGCUAACGAACCUACGGUGGUUAGACUUAUCUAGCACUUCUAAGUUGCGGAAAAUUUCUAGUGAGAAACUUUCUAACUUACGUAGUUUGGAGUUACUAAACAUGACGGGCAGUGCUAUCAAAUGGGGAAUGAGGAAAGUAAAUGACAAAUAUGUAUCAUUUGAGAAGUUGCUCUGUUUAAAUCAAUUAAUUUCCUUUCAGAUUGACUUGGAAGACAUUUCUCAUGCCACUGCUGAACAUGUUUCUUGGCUCAGGAGAAUUAACAGCUUCUUUGUUAAUGUGAGUCAUAAGAGAUCAUAUGGACAAUAUCGACCCAAUGCGAAGAUUGUGUCCUUCUGUGGCUUUGUUUUCUCAGGAGAUGAAUCAAUUGGAUGGCUGUUAGUACAUGCAUUUUCCUGCGAAAUUAGGGCCUGUAAGGGAGUUGAUCUCAUGCUUGACAACAUGGUUAGGAGCAGCGUUACCAUUGGUCCAUUUGUUAACUUGAAGGGCUUAGCAAUAUAUAGCUGUUGCAUCUCUGUCAAGCGGUCGUCUCAAGGGUGUGUUACGGAAUGUGACUUGCUUCCUAACUUAGAGGGACUUGCUUUUUGUGAGUUGACCGGAUUAGAAAGCAUUUCAGAUUUCAGCAAUUUUCUUGGACUGCGUUUAACCAAGCUUAGAUCCAUACACGUUUAUAAAUGUUAUCAAUUGGAAAAUGUAUUCACAAUGGAUGGAACUCUUCACGAACUUGCAAAACUGGAAUCAAUCGAGAUAGUCAGAUGUGAGAAGUUGUCAGAAGUGUUCAAAAACACAUCCACAAACAACUUUGUGCCAAUGUUGAAAUCCUUAUAUUUGGACGGACUUCCUUCACUAGAAGAAAUAUGCAUAGCAGAUGAAUCAUGGAACAGUCUAGAGCAUCUUACAGUGCAGGAAUGCAGUAUGUUGCUGAAGUUGCCUCUUAGUGUCCAAAGUGCAGAGAAUAUUCAGUCAAUAAGCGGAGAACAAAAUUGGUGGAAUAAACUGCAAUGGGAUAAUGAAAAUCUCAAGAUGCACUUACACCCACUUUUUAAACCAUGGCUCUAGAGAACAAAAUUGGUGGAAUCAACAGAUGAAAUUCACCAAGCAGCAAGAAGUUAAAAGAUGCAAAUGCUUCAAAUUAUGUCUUCAGCAUGGCUCAAAGUGCAGGUUGGGUUGCAAUUGCUAAGUCAGAUCCAAUCAUCAAAGUCGACAAGUGUAUAAGAUUUGGAUAAGUGUUUGCUUAGUUUAUAGUUGGUGUUUUUAUUUUUCAAAAUUUUAUGUUUAUGUUUAUGUGUGUGGUGUAUUGUAUCAGACAGUUGAUAUUAAUGGUAUGGAAUAUGUAUAUAGCUAUAGGUGUCUUGGUAUUUGGCUGUUACUAUGUUUUGUGUAUUAAACUUUUUAUAAAAUUAUAUAUGUAUAUGCAAUAGUUUGUGUUUA